UUACCUGUGCUUGGAAGGAGCCUGUGCCUGGAUGGAUCAACUCCAAAAAUGGACCUUCUGGUUUCUUCAUGGGUGCAGCUAAGGGAGUUGUUCGUCGACUUCCUGUUGGAAAAGAGCUAGUUUAUGACUACAUUCCUGUUGAUGUUGUGGUCAAUGAAAUGCUGGUGUCAGCUUGGCACACAGCUACAAAUAAGCCCAAAGAAAUGCCAGUUUACCACAUCACAUCUAGCACUUGCAAUCCAUUCCGUUGGGCAACUAUUGAAAAUCGCAUUCCUCACCAGCUUGAUUCACUCCCCCUAAAGGCAGCAGUGUGGUACCCAACGUUGAAGUUACUUCCAUCUCUCACUCUUUUCCGAAUCUCAGCCAUCUUUGUCCAUUUUCUCCCUGCAUACUUCUUUGAUGCCCUCACAGUGGUUGCUGGUGGUAGACCCAUCCUUGUUCGACUUCACACAAAUGUAAGCAAGUCUCUGGCGCGCCUUGCUCCAUUUAUUUUUCAAGAAUGGUUCUUUGACAACAAACGGACUUUAGAACUACACGAAUCUCUGAGCCCUGCGGACAAAGAGGCUUUCGGACUUGACAUUCGCUCUAUCCAAUGGAAUGAUUAUUUUGAGCACAUGCAUGCUGGUGUACGCAGAUAUUUGAACAAUGAAGAACCAAAAACUCUUCCUGCUGCCAGGAAGAAGCACAGGACCUUGUACAUCUUGAACAUCCUUGUUCAAAUUGGAUUCCUGUCAACCAUCUGGUUUGGUAUUUCAAGACUGCUGGGAAUGACCAUGACUUCUACAAUCUGGCUAUAUCCUAUUUUGUACUUCCUUUUCAAUCUUCUGUAAACCACUGUGUUAACAUUUUGAGUCUGUUUGAAGUGAAGCUCUUUUCUUCUCUCUUUUUUUUUUUUGCAAUGGCAUUGGUGUAAUAAUGUUUUAGAAUCUAGGUGGCUAUGAUUUUUGGAUGAUAUGAAACAUAAUGUCUUCAUGAUAAACUGUAUUUUUUAUUACUUUUUGUUUUGUUGCUUUUACUUAUUUUUUUAAUGUUUUUUUUUUUUAACUUUCCAGUUUUAAUAGUCAGUACUAAAAUAGUCUAUGCUGUGCAUCUUUUUUCCUUUUGUACUUUCGAUGUGGAGUGGAGUUACUGUAAGUGAAUUACUUAGUCCCAGUGAUUGAGAGAUUGUAGACUGGAUGAUUGGUGAUUGUUUUCAAUUGUAAAACUAAUUGUGAAUCACGGUGCAUUUUCAAUAGGUAUGUCAAUGAAUGUUGAAACAGUAUUUAUUGUAUGGUUGAUCUAAUUGCAUUUAAUUCUCAUGAAAUGCAUCGUUUCUGAUUAACUUCAUCAUUCCCUCAAGAAUGAUCAGCGCAAUCUAAUUUAUAAGCUUCCAUUUUUGUGAGCACCUGUUUGUUGAAUAUUUGUCGCUUUUACAUUUUACUAUUCUCACAUUGCAUUUACUUGGUAAAUACAGUAUUUUUCCAACAA